UGCUGUUUUUGCAUGCUUUCUUGUGUGACAGUCAGCCUCGCUGUGUGUUUGUCUCUGCGGCGACGAGCUCUGAUCAUGCCGUCUCCCAUCCUCUGCAGGGCAGUUAGCCGCAUUAGCUCCCUGCUUGUCCUCAGAUGACUCCUCCUCCUCCUCCUCUUCCUCCUCGGCUGUCUGCUGUAUCGCUGCCUCCCCGCUCCCCCCCUCCUCCCUUCUGUGACACAUCAGACGAUACGACUGAGCAGAGGAGAAGAAGAAAACCUCUCCCAGCACGCCGUCCUGCCUGCUGCAUGGAGGAGAAAGAGGAGCAGAAGGAGCUGUUCCACUUCACUCUGAUGGCUUCUUCCAUUUUGAUCCACCAUUUCUUCCUCUGACCUUGAUCAGACCCAAACCUCCCUGACCUCAUGGAUCUGAAACAUUCUGGUGGAAAUCUCCUCAGUAUCCCUGACACCUAAACAUCUAUCCACCGCAUUCUAUCAGUCACUUCCUGUCCUGUCUCACCGUGGAGUGGUUUGCCAUGUCGGAGGGACUGCUGCAAGUGGAGAUCCCAGACUUCGGGAGCAGCGUGCUGGGCAGCUUAAAUGAGCAGCGCCUGCUGGGCCACUACUGCGAUGUUUCCAUUCUGGUGCAAGGCCGGGCCUUCAAGGCGCACCGGGCCGUGUUGGCUGCCUCCUCGCUCUACUUCAGAGAUCUGUUCAGCUCUGCGGCUGAACCCUCCUCUUCUUCGUCGUCCCCAUUACCUUCCUCCUCCCAGGCGGUUUUCGAGCUGCCAUCUUCAGUGACGCCAACGUGUUUCCAGCAGAUUCUCUCGUUCUGUUACACAGGCCGCCUCAGCAUGGCUGCCAGUGAGCAGCUGGUGCUCAUGUACACCGCCGGCUACCUGCAGAUCCAGAACAUUGUGGAGCGAGGCAUGGAGCUGAUGAUGAUGAAGGCUUCAUCGUCUCCACUUUGCUGCGAUUCUCAGACCACCUCAGCAGAUGAGCUUGGAGGUUUCGAUGCCCCAACGGUGCAGCAGCAGCAGCAGCAGGGAACCCCCCUGUUGCAGGAGGUCAGUCUGGACCAGCCGUCCCUGAGCCCAGAGGAGCUGCUGCUGGCCGUCAGCAGGAUCAAGCAGGAGAGGGCCGACACUCCUCCUGCAGAGGAGAAUGGAGGAGAAGCCAGAGUAGAUGUUGGCGAACUGCAGUCAACUAGGAACAGUGCUCUGUGCUACCUGAGCACUGGUGGAGGCUUGAUUCCAGGACUGCAGUCCUACCUGCUGGCAGGCGGGGGGCGAGCGAGCCCUGCAGGGUCCAGUAUCCCAACAGACUCACCUCCUUCCCAUCCACCCACUGAGGAAGACCUGGAAGAAGAUUACUAUGGCAGCACUGUCCACCCGGGAAUCUACCAGCACAUAUAUAGUCAUCCUGGAAACCCCUACAUCCAAGAGAAGCUGGAAGUGCUGCCUCUUCCACUGGCUAACGACCGCCGGCCCUGCGUGCUGGUUGGCCGGGACAACAUGGCCUUGCCAGCUAGUCUGAUCAGUCAGAUUGGGUAUCGUUGUCAUCCAUCGCUCUACACAGAAGGAGACCCCGGAGAAAAGGUGGAGCUGGUGGCAGGUUCAGGUGUGUUCAUGACGCGUGGUCAGUUAAUGAACUGUCACCUUUGUGCUGGAGUGAAACACAAAGUGCUGCUCAGGAGGCUGCUAGCCACCUUCUUUGACAGAAACACUUUGGCCAACAGCUGUGGGACAGGGAUCCGCUCAUCCACCAACGAUCCGAGCCGAAAGCCGCUGGACAACCGUGUGUUAAACACUGUUAAAUUGUACUGUCAAAACUUUGCUCCAAACUUCAAAGAGAGCGAGAUGAAUGUCAUUGCCGCUGACAUGUGUACCAAUGCCCGCCGGGUGCGCAAACGCUGGCUCCCAAAGAUUCAGUCCCUCCUUCCUGAUGGCCUUCACGCUCCUGCCAAUGCCCACUCUCGCAAGACCAAGAGGGGAGGAGGAGGUGCAGCAGGAGAGGUGGCGCCACAGCCCAGCGGAAGUCCCUUCGAUCUGGAUCUGCGGCAGCUUGGUGCCUCCUACCUCGGCUUGGAUUCGCCGCUUUUUGGAGAUCGGCGAGAGCGAGAGGCUGCAGGCGACAAGGAGGCCCCGUCCAGUCUCCUGCCUCAUCUGCAGUUUGCGGGGUCUCGUGGAGGAGGAGGAGGGGGAGGAGGUGGGGGGCAGGUGGAGGAAAGGCUUACUGGAGGUGAGGCACAUGGGGAGGAGAGGAACGAACAGACCCCUGACCUCCCCCUCUCCUCUGCUUCCUCCUCCUCAUCUUCCUCCUCACACCCUUCCCCUCAGCCUGCAGAGCCGGCCCCUCCUCAAAAGGGAUUGGCCGACGCAGAUGAGCGGAGGGAGGAGCCUCUGGAAGAAAGCCAGUAAGCUUUCAAAUGCAUCUGCCUACCUGUACGUAAAAACAACAGCUACCUGCCCCCUUCCGUAUACCGUCCCUACCGCCUCACUACCUGUCCGCCUGUCUACCUCUAUGCUCCUGUCUCCGGCUCUACUGCAUGUGAACAGCCUCUGCAGUCCAGUACACAGGCCCAUACACCAAAACUGAUAAUAAUGGCAACGAACCUAAAAAAGGAUUAUAAAGCUUCUUGAUAAUCAGGUUGAUAUUUUCUGUGUUUGAUCCAAAACAAAUAAAGUCUGACAAAAAGCCUA